AUGAGCCUGCUGCUGGAGCCGCUGCUGGGCCCCCCAGGGGGGCUCCGCAAGGAGCCGGGCCGCGGCCCCCUGCGCUCCGCCGCCUCCAGCGGGUUCCACUCGUGGCCGGGGUCGGUGGUGCUGGGGCGGGCUCGGGGCGCGCCGGUCGGCGGCGGCAGCGCGGCCGCUUCCUCCACGGAGAGCCUGGACUCGAUGAACGGGGAACCGCGGGCGCGGAACGAGAAGGAGCUGCUGCAGGUGCUGAACGACCGCUUCGCGGGUUACAUCGAGCGGGUGCGGGCGCUGGAGCAGCAGAACCGGGCGCUGGCGGCCGAAGCGGCGGCUCUGCGGCAGCAGCAGGCGGGGCGCUCGGCCAUGGGCGAGCUGUACGCGCGGGAGCUGCGCGACAUGCGGGGCACGGUGCUGCGGCUGGGAGCGGAGCAGGGGCAGCUGCGCCUGGAGCGGUCGCGCCUGGCCGAGGACGUGGCCGCGCUGCGGGGCCGGCUGGAGGAGGAGGCGCGGCAGCGAGCGGAGCUGGAGGCGGCGGCCCGAGGGCUCGCUCAGCUCUCGGCGCAGGAGGAGCGGGCGCGGGGCCCGCUGGAGGAGCGCGCCCGGGCGCUGCGGGAGGAGGCGGAGCUGCUGCGGCGGCAGCACCGGGCCGAGGUGGGAGCGCUGCUGCGGGAAGCACGCGUGGAGCCCCCCGCGGAGCUCCCCGCUGCCCUGCGCCCCGGCGUCACCGCUGCGCUCCGCGACCUGCGCGCACAGCUGGAGGGCACGGCGGCGCGCAGCACCCUGCAGGCAGAGGAGUGGUUCCGCGUGAGGCUGGACAAGCUCUCGGAGGUGGCCAAGGUGAACACGGACGCCAUCCGCCUGGCGCAGGAGGAGAUCUCCGAGUACCGGCGCCAGCUCCAGUCCAAGACCACAGAGCUGGAAGCGCUCAAAGGGACCCAGGAGUCCCUGGAGAGGCAGCGGCAGGACUCGGAGGAGCGGCAUCAUGCAGAUGUCCUGUCCUACCAGGAAACCAUCCAGCAGCUUGAGAGCGAGCUGAGGAACACCAAGUGGGAGAUGGCAGCUCAGCUCCGGGAGUACCAGGAUCUGCUCAAUGUCAAAAUGGCCCUGGACAUCGAAAUUGCUGCCUAUAGGAAGCUCCUGGAAGGGGAGGAAUACCGCAUGGAGUCCGGCUUUGGGAUGCUGUCCUUCCCCGAGGUGGUCCCCAAGGCUCCCAGCAUCGCCGCCAGCAUCAAGGUGAAGAGCGAGGAGAAGAUCAAGGUGGUGGAAAAAUCUGAGAAGGAGACUGUGAUUGUGGAGGAGCAGACAGAGGAGAUCCAGGUGACCGAGGAGGUGACAGAGGAGGAGGAGGAGGCCGAGAAAGAGGCCGGAGAGGAGAAGGCUGAAGAGAAGGAGGAGGAAGUUGAAGAAGGGGGCGAAGAGGAGGCGAAGUCCCCUGAGAAACCUGAGUCCCCCUCAAAGGAGGAGGCCAAGUCCCCUGAAAAGCCCCCAAGCCCCUCAAAGGAGGAGGCCAAGAGCCCAGCAGUGAAGUCCCCAGAGAAGCCCCCAAGCCCCUCAAAGGAGGAGGCCAAGUCCCCCGAGAAACCUGCCCCUCCACCAAAGGAGGAGGCCAAGCCCCCAGCGGUGAAGUCCCCUGAGGAACCUGCCCCUCCACCGAAGGAGGAGGCCAAGGCGCCGGCAGCCAAGUCCCCAGAGAAGCCCUCGCCCCCCUUGAAAGAAGAGGCCAAGGCCCCAGCAGUGAAGUCCCCAGAGAAACCUGCCGCCCCCUCCAAAGAGGAGGCCAAGCCCCCAGUGGUGAAGUCCCCAGAGAAGCCCCCAACCCCUUCCAAGGAGGAGGCCAAGACCCUGACUGUGAAGUCCCCUGAGAAAGCCAAGUCCCCUGUGAAGGAGGAGGCCAAGUCCCCUGUGAAAGAAGUGGCUCCGGCCAAGGAGCCCACCCCGGCCCCUCCAAAGGAGCCAAAAGCCCCUGCGAAGGAGGUGAAGGCUUCCACCGAGCCCGGAGCUGAGGAAGCUCCCAAAAAGGAUGCCCCAGCCAAGAAGGAGGAGAAGCCCAAGGAGAAGGCACCGGAGCCUGCAGCUCCGGAGUUGAAGGAGCCCACCAAGCCAGCCCCCAAACCUGUGCAGGAAGGGAAAGCAGAGGAGGCAGCUCCAAAACCACAGCCUGAACCCAGCAAAGUGGCUGCGAAGCCAAAGGCUGAGGAGAAAGUGGAGGAGCCAAAGAAGGAGAAGGUGGAGGAGCCAAAGAAGGAGAAGGUGGAGGAGCCAAAGAAGGAGAAGGUGGAGGAGCCAAAGAAGGAGAAGGUGGAGGAGCCAAAGAAGGAGAAGGUGGAGGAGCCAAAGAAGAAGGUGGAGGAGCCAAAGAAGGUGGAGGAGCCUAAAGCUAAACCCAAAGAUGAGCCCAGAGCCAGCAAAGACCCUGCCAAAGCUGAGGCCCCCUCCAGCAAGGAGGGCAAAGCUCCAGAGCUGGCCAUGGGGAAGAAGUGA